AAGCUAAAAUCGAAAAUAUGGCACAAUACGAAGUGAUCAAAUUUAACGAUUACGAUACCGUCGUUAAAAAUGCCAAAGUCAAAACCAAUGGAAUUUCAGUUCAAUUAACAAUCGAAAAUCCGAUACAAAGCAUUUCCAUUAGAGGCUUAAACGACGACAAGUAUAAAUUUCAAAAAAUCAUCUUUCACUGGCCAUCCCAGCACGCUUUUUCUGCAACUUAUUCUCCCUUGGAGAUGCAAAUCGUUCACUACAAUACUCGAUACGAGGAAGAAGAUGAAGCCAUAACUGAAAAAGACGGUUUGGCAAUCUUGGCAUUUCUCUUUCGGAUUUCCAACGAAGAAAAUCUUAUAUUGAGACCAAUUACCGAUGCUCUAGACUACAUUAUGAAGGAAAACACAUCGAAGACCAUUCGUAAUUUUUUAUUGCCUUACGAUAGAGAUAUCGCUUCAACGGAUUAUUAUAGAUAUUGGGGAUCUUUGACUUCUUCCCCUUGUUACCAAUCCGCACCGUGGACAAUAUUUAAGGAGAGACUAACAAUUAGCCAAUCGCAGCUUGAAAAAUUCCACCGACUGAAAAAGAAAACCGGAGCUAGUUCAGUAAAUAACUCCCAAUUGGUAGAACUCACAAACGGAAAAAUUGUACAGUUUUAUUCGAUAAAGCCAGAGGAUGACGAUGACACUUCAGAGGAAGAUCACAAGAAGAAGAAACCUGUCAAAAUCAAACCUAUAUUCAUACCUAAAUUCAAAGUUAAGAGAUCUAAAGGAGGGCGAAGCAGCAGAAGAGGCAGAGGUCGCAAUAACGGUGUUUCUACCGAAACUCCAAAAGUGACACUGUUAUUAUUAAUAGUAGUAUGGGGUGGUGCCUACGACUAUUUGGUCAUCUAGAACUUUGUAACGUUGAUAAAAAUCAAACGCAAGACAAUUAUGAAAUCCUAAGAGGAUUUGCUGCUUUAUCCAGUUAAAACCAUAGAAACAGAUCCAUUAGAAAAGUAUCUUCGUCUCUCGAAAGGUAUUAAAAUGCCGUUCUUUCAGAAAUUAGCCGCUUUUCUGUGGAAAAUACUCUAAUUUCUGUUAUGUACUGUACAGUACAACUUAAUUAUAUUCUCUUAUACUUGAGGUACACAAUGAUUUUAUAUAUUCUUUUUCAUUUAUAUCUUUUAAAAAACUUAACUUAUAUAUGACAUAGGCCUUAUGUGAAUACAAACUGUGUAAUUUAUUAUUUACAGUAAAACCUGCUAAUGUAAUAGGUGACCACUUUGAGCUUGUCCCUUCAGUGGUCACAUUAGCAGGUUUCACUGUAUAUGAAUCGUAUACUAUGUAUAUGAUAAGAACAGGUAUAAAGUAUUGAUAUAUGGUAUUUUUCUUAUGGUUUUGUUAGGAAACACUAUUAAAAUGUAUAAUUUUUGGCGAAAUUUAUUACAUAUUAUCGUUAAGCCAGGAAAUUAGACUAGUGAAUAAAUUUAUCACUUAAAAUAUCAAGCAUUCAUAAAAUUUUUUAAUUAUAUACGAAUUUCAAAUGCUGUAUAUGCAUUAACAGAAAAAUAUGAUAA